CCGUUAUUUUCGAGCGACUGCACUGCUAUUCACUGUGGAAUUGUCAAGCUCUGAUAACCGCCUUCACAUACGGAAAUGCCUUUCGUACUGAAUUAUCGUUCCAACGGCAUAACUUAUCUGGUUUGCCAACAAGCCCUGCAAAUGCAGUGCAACGCCCAAGCCACCAUCGUCGGCGGACGUAUGCACAUAUCUGUCGGUCACUACCAUGCGGAUGAAGACGAUCAGAACAAUUACUUUGGAAACGACGCAGAUAAUUUCAACAUCGUCGACAUCACAUGCCAAAUUUGUUUGCAUGAAGCAAGGGACAUCAUUUUCUUGCCCUGUGGCCAUGUAGCCGCCUGCACAAAAUGCACAGGUCGCCUGAAGGAAGUCGCACAAAGAGAGGGCAGAACAGCUGUUUGUCCUACCUGUUUUGAGGACAUUCGUGACACUGCUAAAGUUCACAUCACAUAAUAUGGGAGACC